UAUUUUAAAAUAUUUUCAAUGUGCAUUUCCUUAAUUCUUCGGUAUACAUUUGUAUAGUAAAGAAUACGAUGGCAGACAUUAAAGCUUUACUGAAAGAGGCAAGAAAACUAAUAGAUGAGAAAAACUUUAAAGAAGCUCAAGAAUGUUGCAAAAAUAUUUUAAGAAAAGACAAGCAAAAUUAUUUUGGUCUAAUCCUACUUGGAAAGUCUCUUCAAGAUUCUGAUCAGGCACCACUAGCCUACCAAAAGGCUAUAGCAAGUAAACCAGAUCACCCUCUUGCAUGGCAAGGCCUUGCCAAUUACUAUGAAAGAAUAGAAAAUGAUACAAACAAAAGCAAAUUAAUUACUGUUUACAAUGAAAUGUUAAAUUUGCAAAUGGAAGAAGAAAAGUUCACUGAAAUAAUUACCAAACUUGGACAGCUAGGUUGUGCUCUAAGAAGCAAGGAGUGUCUAAAAAUGCUGGCGACAUAUUUAACAAAAGAUCUUCCAAACACAUUAUUUCAAACUGCUGAAAAACAAUUUAUUGAUCUCUUGAAAGCUGAUAUACCUAGUGAUGAAGAAGCUAUACCAAUCAUCCUGAAUGUUUUGCAGAAAAUAUACAAAGAUGAUCCUCGAGAUUCUCUAGAAAUUUUACAAUGCAAACUAAUCAUUCAGAAACCCGACUUAGCUUCAGCUGUUGAAGAAAUAAUUAAUUUGAGUUUCUUUCCUUCAAAUGUACUUUUAAGGGAAUGGCUCUGCAAACAGCUAUGUAUUAAGUAUGUGGAGAAAAUGUCAUUUUGUGAGUUGAAUAUUGAAAAACACAUUGAUUCAAUUAGUGAAGGCAUCAUGAACUCUAAAUAUCCAAGUCUUCUCAGGAGUAUGAUAUGCUAUGACAAGGGUUUAUACCUUGAAGCCUACAAACAAUGUGUUCCACUUGUAAAUUAUCAAGAAGCAGAUGUUACUGAAGCCACCUUUAUAAUAAAAUGUACAAUCAUGCUCAAAAAAUGGUCUGUCACACAGAAACUGGCAACCAACUUUAUAACUAAAGUAAAAGAUCAACAAUUUGCAGUAGCUCUCAAAAGAUUUCUAUUUUUAUCCUUAACCAAACAGCAAAAAUGGUUGCAAGCAAUAAACACUGUCAAAGAAAUAGGUAUUGAUUCUAUGGAACCAAUAGAGUUGGCCAGUCUUGCUGAAUGUUAUAUUGAGGCAAAUGAACCAGCGGACCAUAUUCUGAAACAUUUAGAAACAACUGAUUAUUAUAAGCAGUUACAGGCUCUGUUACUCCAUAAACAGAAUAAAUAUGAUGAAGUCAUAAAACUAUUGGAAGGUUCAGAAAAUUCAAUUGAGGUAUAUUAUUUGGGUAAAGCAUAUUGGGAAAUAAAACAAUACGAUAAAUGCUUGAUGAGUCUACUGAAAGCCGCAAAACUAAAUCCUGACCAUGCUGAUACAUUUUUGUAUUUAGGUCAUUUCUACUAUUACCAUAAAUCUGACUUACAGAAAGCUAAAAAAUGUUAUGAAAAAGCUCAUAGUCUAAAUGCAAUUAGUAUGAAUAUUGCUAAAAGUCUCAGUGAAAUUUAUGUUAAACUACAGCAAAAGGAUGCAGAUUUUGAACUAUUGAUUGGAUUUGCAAAGAAUAUUUCUACUACUGAGUCAUGGGUUAGUUUCAGAUUGGGUCUGCAUUAUUUAAACAAGAGAGAGUGGGAAAAUGCAAUUUUAAAUUUCAGAAACGUAAUUAAAACUAACCAAAGUGAUACAACUGCUUUUGAAUGCCUGGCAGAUGCAUAUUAUUCUCGAGGAUCUUAUACUUCUGCAUUGAGGGCUUAUAACAGAGUAAUGACUUUGGAUCCAAGUAAAUCAGCACACUGUCUCACAAGAAUUGGUCACAUAUAUUCUUUGCUCACACAAUAUCAGGAAGCUAUAUCAACCUUUGAAAAAGUAUUCACUAUUGAACCCUACUCUUUCUUAGCUCUCAAAGGGAUUUCUGAAACAUGGAUGAGAGUUGCUAAAAAGAAAAUUGAAGCAAACAUGUAUGGCAGUGCCAGAGACUGUGCACAGCAUGCAAUAGACUACAUAACUAAAGCAUUAUCUAAGCAAAAUCAGUAUUUAUGCUUUUGGAAAUUGUUAGCAGACAAUUUGAUGUUUAUUACUAAAUUACCUGAUAAAUAUUCAUUUGUCUAUAUGCCUCAACUAUCAAAGGAAGGUGGAGCAAGUUUCGAAAUUACAAAGAAAACAAAACUUGAAAUUUUUCCCCAAGCAAUUGCUUGCUACUCGCAUAUUGCUAAGCAAAAGCAGCAAGUGUCAUCAUACGAUCUAGCACUAUCCUAUUUGACUUUCUAUCAUGAAACUAAAAAAGUGGUUAAUUGUCACAUAGCUUUUAACUUAACUUUAAACUGUAUAAAAGAGGGACCCACGGUAUGGCGCAACUGGAAUUUACUGGGAAAAAUAUGCUUAGCUAUCAAAAAGUACGAAAUUGCUCAACACUGCUUCAUUAAAGCCCUCUCGGUGACUCGGAAAUGGUCAGUCGCUAAAAUAUGGUGUAAUUUAGGAACACUGUAUUUGAAAUUGAGUCUUUAUAAGUUGUCAAACUAUUGCUUUUCUCGAGGACAGUCCGCAUUACCAUCUCACCCACAUAGCUGGAUUGGACAAGGAUUAAUUGCAGAAGCAAUUCGUGAAGAAGAAGCCAUGGAUUUAUUCAGACAUGCUUCUCGCCUAGGAUAUCAUCCAGAGAGUGCACUUGGGUAUGCAGACUGGGUGUGUAGAACUUUGAAAAAUAACAAAUACAAAGGAAACUCAGAGUCGAAAUAUGAAAUAGAGGGUCUUUUUGCAAUACCAUAUGCUAUAGACUUGGUGGAAUGGUAUUGCAACUUUGAACCUACUAAUGCAUGUGCUUAUAACAUAUUGGGUAUUCUACAAGAAAGGUUUGGGUUGCUUCGUUCUGCUAUUCAAUCAUACGAAAAGGCAUUUAAAUAUGCAGAAGAGGAAAACAAGAACAAGGUACUUCUUAACAUAGGAAGAAUUUUUGUUAGGAUGGAAAAAUAUGAUGAGGCAAUAAAAAUAUAUAAAGCAAUAACUGAAGCUAGUUUUGACUCUACAACUGGAUUAGCCUUAGCACUGUAUAAAAAAGGCUUGUAUGAGGAAUCUUACUCUGUUUAUGAUACAGCACUGCACUGGUUGAGUAAUGAAGAUGAUGAGAAGGCUGAUCUUUUGGUAGCCAUGGCUGGUAUCGUAUACAUGUAUAAGGGUGCUGAUGACGCUAAGACGCUCUUAUUCCAUAGUAUACAAAUAGCUCAGAAGAAGCCAACAGCACACAGCUUAUUUGCAAUAUGCUCUUUGGGCUUAAUACAUUCAGACCAAAGUUUGUCAAAGUUGGCUUUGGGCGAACUACGUAAAUAUGAAAUGGAAAGUGAUUACGGGUUUGACAUAGGUUUUUUGAAAUCCUAUCUUUCUGUAUGUGAAGACAACAUGGAACAGGCCAUUAAGUUAUUAAGCGAUUGUCUUCAUGAUCAUCCUAGUAAUGCUCUUCUAUGGUUUUGUAUGGCCCAGUAUUGUCUGAGGUCUACUGAUACAAUGGCAAAAGUUGCUAGCUGUUGUGCGCAGAAAGCCUUAUGCUCUGCCCAUUAUGGUGAAUACGACUGCGAUUUCGGGAAAAUUCUUGCCUCUGCCAGUAUUGCUGAACACAUAGCUGGAGAUCGUGUUAAGGCUAUGUUAUUAGCAAAACAAGGUCUUCAUAAGUACCCCAACCAGCCAGAAAUAUGGGCGGCUCUGUUGUUUUCACUUUUGUCCCACAACACUUGGAAGGAAAAUAAAACAUGGCUUUUGGGGGCAUCAGGAUAUAUGCGCAAAUAUUUGAAUAUGUCUCGAUCUCUUGGAAGAUGGGUAAAUCUUAUGGAAAAAAAAUUGGGCAAAACUUUAUAGGUUUUCAAAUGGGUAUAUUAAAUAUUAUCUCUCAUAUAAUCACAUGAGUCGCCUUAGUUAUAGUUGAAAAAAUAACAAAACAUAAAUACUUUGGAAG